UUGAUAAAUUACCAGAAGUUCUCAUUAUUUUGUCUUACAGAUCCGUACGUUAAGAUUUAUCUCUAUCACGGACGAAAGUUGUUAACCAAGAAGAAGACGUCACGUAAGUAUCGUACACUCAAUCCAUACUACAACGAGAGUUUUCAGUUCAAGAUUGAGCCGGCUAUGAUGGAUAAAGUCCAUAUUGUUAUCUCUGUAUGGGAUUAUGACAAGAUGAGCAAGAACGACUUCAUCGGCGAGGUCACACAUGCAUGUCACGAACAGUGGGCAGAAAUGAUGGCUUCGCGACGUCCUGUCGUGCAGUGGCAUACGCUGCAAGAACGAAUGGAGAAGGAGAAGGACAAGAAAAAGUCGAAAAGUUUCUCGUGA